UAUAUUGUUUGUUACAGCUUCUUGAAAAAAGUAACGGAGAUUGUACAGUACAUGUGCCUAGCGGAAAUACUUUCUUGCAUGCUCAGUAUUUGUGUCGUCUUUUACGCUUUAAAUAGGUUCAAAUCUAUCGUUCGAAAAUUUUAUUUCAAUUCGUACGAAAAUCACGUUCAUUUCGAACUUUUUAAUAUCGUAUUAAAUUUAAAUAGAAUGAAUAAUAAAUACAUAGGCAUAUAUUACUCCUUUCAUAAUAGACAUAACUCGUUAAUAAAUUUACAGGAUUAUACUUACAGCGUAAUAUCUUUAAUAGGGUAUUCGACAAUCAUCAUAUCGUUCACUUACAACCUUUUCAUUUUUUGUUACAUUGGAGAACUUCUGGAUACUCAGGUAUUUUUUUAAUCAAUUUUUAAUUUGUAAUAUUUCUAAUCAAUUUUUAAUCGGUUUUUCUACGAAUUUCCUAUAUUUCUUUGUCAUAAUCGAAAUUUAUUCUCCAGAAUAUGAAAGUCAUAGCAAUUUCAAGAACGCUCGAUU